GGUGAGAAGAACGAGUGCCAGGCCAGGCCACGAGACACAGCUUCUUACCAGGGUCCUGGCAGCUUCCUCUUCCACAACCACUUCCGUGUGGCCGGGGCCCCAGAGGCAGGAGCUGCUGCCUGUUGCCCAGGCCACCCUCCACCCCCAGUUUGGAGCCCUGCCCCCGCCCCGGGGCCAGGCCAAGCCCAGAGGCCGGCUUGGGAUUCCAUGGGGGACUGGUAGGGCAAAGGUCUUGGGGGACAGAGGUGGCUGGGCCAGAGCCUUGGGGCUCCGGCCAUGAAGUCUCGGCAGAAAGGAAAGAAGAAGGGCAGCUCGAAGGAGCGAGUCUUUGGGUGCGACUUGCAGGAGCAUCUGCAGCACUCAUGCCAGGAGGUGCCCCAGGUGCUAAGGAGCUGUGCCGAGUUUGUGGAGGAGUAUGGAGUGGUGGACGGGAUCUACCGCCUCUCAGGGGUUUCUUCCAACAUCCAGAAGCUCCGGCAGGAGUUUGAGGCAGAACGGAAGCCAGACCUGCGUCGAGAUGUUUAUCUCCAGGACAUUCACUGCGUCUCCUCCCUGUGCAAGGCCUACUUCAGAGAACUGCCAGACCCUCUGCUCACUUACCGGCUCUAUGACAAGUUUGCUGAGGCUGUGGCAGUGCAGAUGGAGCCUGAGCGCUUGGUCAAGAUCCUAGACGUGCUUCGAGAGCUCCCUGUUCCAAACUAUAGGACCCUGGAGUUCCUCAUGCGGCACUUGGUGCACAUGGCCUCGUUCAGUGCCCAGACCAACAUGCAUGCCCGCAACCUGGCCAUUGUGUGGGCCCCCAACCUGCUGAGGUCCAAGGACAUAGAGGCCUCAGGCUUCAACGGGACAGCGGCCUUCAUGGAGGUGCGUGUGCAGUCCAUUGUCGUCGAGUUCAUCCUCAUGCACGUGGACCAGCUUUUUGGGGGUGCUGCCCUCUCCGCUGGUGAGGUGGAGGGUGGAUGGCGAUCGCUUCCAGGAGCCCGGGCAUCAGGUGGGCUUGAGGACCAUAUGCCCAGGUCCCUGCCCUACCACCUGCCCAGCAUCCUGCAAGCCGGCGACGGACCCCCGCAGAUUCGGCCCUACCACACUAUAAUUGAGAUUGCGGAGCACAAGCGGAAGGGGUCUUUGAAGGUCAGGAAGUGGAGAUCCAUCUUUAAUCUGGGGCGCUCUGGCCAUGAGACGAAGCGUAAACUUACACGGGGAGAGGACAAGUCUGAUAAGGGGACACUGAGGCCAGCCAAGAGCAUGGACUCACUGAGUGCUGCUGCUGGGGCCAGUGAUGAGCCAGAGGGGCUGGUAGGACCCAGCAGCUCCCAGCCAAACCCGCUGGGGUCUGAGAGCUUGGAGAAUGAUUCUGUGGAGGCAGCAGAGGGCGAGCAGGAGCCUGAAGUGGAGGCAUUGGGUGGCACAAACUCUGAGCCAGGCACACCACGAGCUGGGCGGUCAGCAGCUCGGAUUGGAGGCAGCAGCCGUGCAGAACGCUGUGUUGGUGUCCACAUCUCAGACCCCUACAAUGUCAACCUCCCUCUACACAUCACCUCUAUCCUCAGUGUGCCCCCGAACAUCAUCUCCAACGUCUCCUUGGCCAGACUCACCCGUGGCCUUGAGUGCCCUGCCCUACAGCCCCGGCCCAGUCUAGCCUCUGGCCCAGGCCCUGGCCCUGGCCCCGGACCCCCAGAUGAGAAGUCGGAGGCAAGUCCGGCCCCUGGUCCCCUGGCUGACUCCAGCCCAGCAGAGGUGGCCCCUACCCUGGAGGACUCCCUGUCCCAGGAGGUGCAGGAUUCCUUCUCCUUCCUAGAGGACUCAAGCAGCUCAGACCCUGAGUGGGUGGGGGUGGAGGAUGGGGAGGCGGCCAAGGCAGGAGCAGCAGGAGCAGCCUUCUCCCCUGGGGAGGACGAUCCUGGGAUGGGCUACCUGGAGGAGCUCCUGGGAGUUGGGCCUCAGGUAAAGGAGUUCUCUGUGGAACCACCCCUUGAUGAUCUGUCUCUGGAUGAGGCACAGUUUGUUCUGGCUCCCAGCUGCUGUUCCCUGGACUCUGCCAGCCCCAGGCCUGAAGCAGAGGAAGAAGGUGGGGAGGAAGUCUUCCUGAGUGCCUAUGAUGACCUAGAUCCCUUUCUGUGGCCCAAACCCUCAACCUGCGAGGGGCCAGGAAAUCUGGAGGAAGAGGCACCAGGGUGCAGAAGACAGGCUUCAGGACAGGCUGAGGGAGAGCAGGCAUGCACAGAAGUUAGGGCUGACAUAGAGACUGAACCUGGAAGUAGAUGGGAUGUUAGGGAGGAGGCUGAGGGAAGUCCAGAGACUGAGGUGGGAGAUGGAGAGGCUGGUGAGGAUGGAGGGGAGGCUGAGGGAGGCCAAGACACGAUGGUCAGUUUGAGAGAUGGGAGAGGAGAAGAAAUAGAGGCUCAGGGAGAGAAGUCUAAAAGUCAGAUGGAGGCUGAAAAUGAGGAGGCCAAGGAUGUGGAGGAACAAGGAGAGAAUGGUAAAGACAAGGAGAAGGAAAGAGAGAAUGAGAUAGAGGAAGAGACUGAAGGAGAAGAGGAAACCCAGGUAGGAGCUGGACAGGACCCAGAACAUGGGACCCAGGAACACCAAGUUGCUGAGGAGAGCUGGGAAGUUAUACACAAACAAGAGGCCGAGGGAGAUGGAGAGGAUGAGGUCAAAGUACAGAAAGGGAAUGAGGGCCAGGAGGCAAGAGAAGACCAAGGAGAUGGUGAAGACAGAAGCCCAGAAGAAGCUGGAGGAACAGCAGGAGAAGUGAGCAAGGAACGGGAGAGUGGGGAUGGGGAAGCUGAGGGAGACCAGAGAGCUGGGGGUGACCAUCUAGAAAAGUGCUCCCUCCCUGAAGGGCCAGACUUAGAGUGCCUGGAGGUUGAUAGUGCCAAAGAAAGCAAUGACCAGGCCUCUGAGGGGGAACAGGUAACCCUACAAACACCCCGGCCAGAAGAGAUGGAACCUGAGGGGCAGCCCAUUUCAGAGAGCUGCAAUUUGUGCCCCUGUACCCCUGGCUCAGCCAGUGGUGUGGGCAUGCGUCUGGCUUCUACCCUGGUUCAGGUCCAACAGGUCCGCUCGGUUCCUGUGGUGCCCCCCAAACCACAGUUUGCCAAGAUGCCCAGUGCACUGUGUAGCAAGAUCCACGUGGCACCUGCAAACCCAUGCCCAAGGCCUGGCCGGCUUGAUGGGACUCCUGGAGAAAGGUCUUGGGGGUCCCGAGCCUCCCGCUCCUCCUGGAGGAAUGGAGGUAGCCUUUCCUUUGAUGCUGCUGUGGCCUUGGCCCGGGAUCGCCAAAGGACUGAGGCUCAGGGAGUUCAGCGGACCCAGACCUGUACUGGGGUUGGGGACUACAACUUCAUUCCCAAAACCUUCCCCUGUAGCGUGACCCCGGCCCAUUCUUCUCGGCCCCUUAGCUGCCUGGAGCUCCCACCUGAAGGAACAGAAGGAUCUGGACCCCGUAGUCGGCUUAGUCUACCCCCUAGAGAACUCCAGCCCCCUGAUUCCCUUAUGCCCCUCCAGCGCCGAACGUAUGCAUUUGAAACACAUGCUAACCCUGGGAAAAAUGAGGGACUGUGAUUAGGACCAGAGCACUGGGCUAAGGGGACCAGUCAGUUGUUUUGAAUCUCCAGGGCCCUUCAUCAGCUGUCUCUUCUGCAGCCCGAGCAGCUGUAGCGCCCAACUCUAUAGGCUUUGGCUCUCCCCCUUCUCUUUUUGACUGUGGGAGGCUGCAGCCUUGGUUGGUUUACCUGAGCUUGUCUCAAACUGAAAGCACUUAUCUCUUAGGAGAUUCCGAAGAAAUCCUAUUCCUAGAGAGUGUAGUCAUUGGCCAAAGAGAACAGGGGGUAGGCAGAGAACUCAGGCAGAGGUUUCUCAAGGUGAAGAAUGGAGGGGGGGAUUUCAAUGAUGUUCCUGCCCUCCUCUGAGGCUGUGACGUCUCUUCAUGGAAAUCCAAGGUGGAAGGGAGAAGACAAGGUCAGGUCAGAGCCUGCCACACACAAACACCUAGAGUUGCCCAGCCCUGUAUGGUUACUGAAUCCUUGGAUACCUUCUGACCCUCUGAGCUUCAGAUUACCUAGGAAUAUGUCCAAGAAUCUCUAUGGAUGUCUCAAUGUGUGUUGGGGGGACUGACCCCUUUUCUGGCUCCCUCCCUCUGCCUCCAGUCACCUUAGGGAAAAGGGAACCUGUAGAGAUCUCUCUGGUCCCUCCUUUUCCCUUUGGAAUAGCUUCCUCCUAUUUCAAGGAAGGGUAAUGGGGUCACUCAGGCUCUGGGAUUGCUUUUCCAGACAGGCUGAGGCCACAGGUUCCACUCUGGUAAGAUGUGAUGUCUCAGAAUAAAAGUUGUAUUUUUACAUGUAAACAA